UCCCCAGGUUUUAGAAUGAGCUUGGCGCAUUCUGUUACCACGGAGACCGACGAAGGCCAGACCAGGACAGUGCAGAAGAUCGGCCCCAAAAACCCUGCAAGAAUGUCCAAGUCUCCUUUUCCUCCAGGAGAAAACCUCACUCCAGCUGUAGACUACAGCAGGAUGAGGAGGAUCAUUGCUGAAGAUCUGGACUGGACCUUGGCUAUAGUGCCUUGUUUAUCGAACCUAUGUCUGCAAAUUAUCAUAAGAAACUUUGAGGAGAAUCCCAUAUUUGAAGAGCUGACACCCAUCCAGAGGGACUUUGUGCAGAAGGGUCUGUCGACCGCUCUGCCCCUCAACCUGACAGCCAACCUGGUCAGCGAUGGAGUCUACUGGAAGCGAUGCUGUGAGGAGCGGUGGGACCUUUGUGAAAUCUCUCAUUACGGCCACAGCUGGAAGCGAAUGUUCUUUGAGAGGCACAUGGAGAAUAUUAUAGAGCUUUUUAUCCCAGAUCUAACAGAGAAAGAGAAAGUUUUAGAGAUGGUACCUCUUUGUAAGAACUACAUCAAGAGGCUGGACAUCGCCCAGCUCUUGCCACCUAUCAGGGAGCCCGAGAGGGAGGAAGAGGAAUUCGGCUCUGAGCUACUAAGCAAAAGGGAGGAUGAGGGACCGUGUAUGGACCAUUUUGAUUUUAAAAUCCUGCUCAGUAAGCUGAAAAACCUGGAAGAGCUCCAUUUGGUGUACAGGGUUAAACAAUGUGGCAUGAACUUUGAACGGCAGAUGUUUGAGAUGACUGACAGAGACUGUGAGUCCCUGGCCAAAGCCUUAAAAUCCUGCAAGACUCUGAAGCUUCUGAGGCUCUAUGACAGCCACAUUGAGGAUAAAAAGUGCUGUCAGCUGGUGAAACACCUUUUGGACCACCCGUCCCUGAGGGAACUUGACUUUUCCUACAACCUGAUCGGGGACAAAGGAGCCCGAGCAUUGGCUAAACUGCUCAACCAGAGUAAACUGGAGACCUUGAACAUGUGUGGCAAUGAAAUCAGAGACCAGGGAGCUAAAGCUAUAGCUCACGCCUUAUCCAAGAACUCUACUCUUUCGUCUCUCAACCUACGUCUGAACCGUUUGGAAGAUGAGGGCGGUCAGGCUAUUGGUAAAGCCUUAAUGAACAACAACACCCUCCUGCAUCUGCACCUUGGAGGUAACCAGGUGGAGGGGCAGACCGCCAUUGCACUGGCUAAAGUGAUAGCUCAAAGUAAGGCCUUGAAGAGCAUCAAUCUCUCCUGCAACAACCUGGGUGUGGAUGGAGGUAAAGCUCUGGAGGAGGCAAUGUCUUGCAACACCAUCGUAACAGAGUGCGAUAUCCGUCUAACAGACAUCGAUGAGCAGAGUGCUUCCUUCAUUAACCAGGUGGUUUGGACUAACGAGAGCUCAGAAAAAAAGAGGCAUGUACGAAUCCUUUCUGCCCUACAGUCUUGAAAUCCUCUUCAUCAUUAAAAUACAAAAAGACAAACCCCAGAGUAUUCUUGGGUAAAAGAGAGAAUAAUAUAACAAACUAAUCUACCUCAUACACAUGAUAAAGGGUUCAGUGCUUUGCAUGACAAAAAGCCUCUAUGCUAACAGUCAUCUAUGGAGGGAAAAUGUCUAAUUAAGACCCUUCCCAGUCAGAUUUAUAACUUUUUGGAUCACCCCCAAAU